CAGCUUAUAAACGACGGGUGGUGGUCGUUGACCCAUUCUUACAUCUGGUGGAGAUGGCAGGUCUUGGUCUGCUUGUGUUGCUGGCGGCUGUCCUUGGGGUGUCCCGGGCCUUGAAUAAUGGCCUCGCCCUGACCCCGCCCAUGGGUUUCCUGAACUGGGAGAGGUUCCGAUGUAACACGGACUGCGUCAAUGACCCGGAUAACUGUAUCAGCGAGAAGUUGUUCAUGAAGAUGGCAGACAUUAUUGCGGAGGAGGGCUACCGCGAGCUCGGCUACGAAUACAUCGGCAUCGACGACUGCUGGCCCUCCAAAUCCCGGGACGCUGAUGGUAACCUCGUGGCAGAUCCAGAGAGGUUCCCUAAUGGAAUCCUAGGUCUCUCUCGAUAUGUCCAUUCCCGUGGGCUAAAACUGGGUAUCUAUGAAGACGUUGGUACCAAGACCUGCGCAGGGUACCCUGGGAGUCAGGACUACACUAAGCAAGACGCCGAGACAUUUGCAAAAUGGGAACUAGAUUUACUCAAGUUUGAUGGCUGUAACACAGACACAAACCGCUCGGCAAUACAUUUCCCCUUAAUGAGCCAAAGUCUGAACGCGACUGGCAGACCUAUCCUCUACACGUGUGAAUGGUGGAGUGGAGAUCAGACCCAGCACUCCCACUACACCCGCAACAGCGAGUACUGCAACAGCUGGAGGACCUUCAACGACAUACAGGACAGCUGGCCCUCCGUCCUCGGCAUCAUCCAACACUAUGCCAAAAACGCCGGGGAUUUCAUCUCAGUAUCAGGGCCAGGGUCCAUCAACGAUCCAGAUGAGCUGAUUAUCGGGGACUUCAGUCUGAGUUAUGACCAAGAGAAGACUCAGUUCGGGAUGUGGGCGAUGUUUGCCGCCCCACUCUACAUAUCCGCUGAUCUGAGGACCAUGAGACCACAGGCCAAGUCCAUUCUACAGAACAGGGCCGUCAUUGCCAUCAACCAGGACCCACUCGUAAAGGGAGCUAAUAUGAUAAAAGAGAUUCAAAACGUGCAGGUCUGGCUGAAACCUUUGGUGAAACCCGGAAGUUAUGCAGUAGCUUUCUUCAACCCGAACUCAGAUGGAACACCAACACGCAUGUCCCUGACCCUAGCGGACAUCACAUUGACCAAUCAGAAUGGCUAUAACAUUACUAACGUUUUUGAUGACGUCAGUAUGGGCAUGUACAAGCCGAGCGGUCAGUUCAAUGUGACUGUCAACCCUACGGGAAUUGUGCUGGUCAAAGCUAUGCCUCUUUGAUAUGCCUAACAAAAGGCCAUAUGUUUAAAGGUCAUUUGUUCAUAAAUAAUGACUGAGUGCAACAUGAAGAUGUGGAAUGUUUGGUUACCUUUUCCAAUUUGAUAAAACCUUGUAAUUUGAAAUGGUAAACAUUAGGGUUCAAAAUAUACACCCUAUACUAUCAACUUUCUGUCGUGAUCGACUGGUAACAGCAGAGUGGUUAAGUGUAGCCCAUUCAUCUGUUGUCGAGAAUUGCGACUUGCGACCUACCUCGAUGCUGCAACCAUAAACAUUCUCCGUCUGAAUAUUGUAUGUGUCAAGGAUUGUUUUUUGUAGUGUAAACAAAUAAAUCAAACAUUUAAACAGA